GCACCGCAGCUGUUCGCUAUCAUAGAAAUACGUGAGAGAAAAGGAGUGGUGAUUAAGCCUGUCUUAGCCUUAAAAUUACGUUUUUUAUAUGGUUCUAGGACCUUUUACGGCCUGUGCUCGAUAUAUGUGGGAGGUGUAGUGUUCCUACGUGUGCUGUAUCGUUUGUGGUGGUGAAAAACAUUGUUAUGUGGCGAAAUUAUUGAUGUAAACGUUGAUUAUGACGUUUACUACGGUGAUUUGUGAAUGUGUGAGUGAGCCGCGACAUUGCCUGGCCGUUGGAGCGAAUCUUGUAACGGAAUUGUAUGGGAAUGCUGCUUUCGUUCUAAAUACGGAGCGAAGGCGCAUUAAACUGUAAAAACAAGAAGCAUCAUGGCGUCGCCCAAUUCGCGCCAAAUCCCGCGUCACGCCGGGCGCCAUCUGCCGUCGCCGGAAAACUUCCGCAGUUUGAAUUCGAAUUCGGAACGUUCGAAAUAGUUAUUCGUGAAUGGACAUUGACGGGGCAGUGUCGUGAUGUGAUUUUUUUUUUGUUUAUGUGCAGUGUUGUGUUUGUGUUAAGUGUUUAGUGAUAAGUGACGAUGUCUGAGGAGCGUUCGCGACGUUUGUCGCAGAUUUUUGACCCACUCUCGAGGUUCACGGAUCACAGUGGUGCUGGACAUUCAGCCAGCACUCCGAACAGUCCUCGGUUGCUGCCGCGGAGGACAAGAGACCCGCCCCCACCUCCUCCUAGGCCAAUCGCCCACACAUCCCGAGUGGACCCCCUGGAGUACGAGCUGGCGGCGGCGGAGGUGGGCUCCGUGAACUGGCAGGAGAGGUGCCUGGAGCUUCAGCUGGAGCUUCACAGGAGCAGGCACCAGGCGACCAGGGUGCGCGACAUGCUGAGAGAUAAGCUCUCCGAGUUGGAGCAGAGGGUGCUGGAGGCCGAGGGUCGCGCAGAGGAGGCCGAGGACAAGGUUCGCGCCAUGGAGCAGCGGCUGUGCGAAUGGCCAACGGGCGCUGACGGAGCACCCAGAGCCAUAUCGAGAUUAGAGGGGCAAAUAGAAGAACAGAAACAGCUGAGACUCCAAGACGCGAAGCAGGUAGAAGCGAAAGCGGCCCGGAUCAAGGAGUGGGUGACGAACAAGCUGCGAGAGUUGGAACAGCAGAAUCAGCUGCUGAGGGAGCAGAACGACCGCUGUAACCAACAGCUAGAGUUGUUAAGGAACCAUAUUGCCGCUCAAGGGAGCAGAAAUUGUGCGUUUCUACCAAACCGAGCCAGUCUCUCUCUAGAGGUGAGAUCUGAAGACGGGCCCUCGCGAGCCACUACCAGCCUUUUGGGACCCAACCGACGGCGUUCAGAAAGCCUCGAGGGGCCCCAGCUCCCGAUCACAUCAUCGGAGCCCCACUACAGCACCCCGGUUAGACACAGGAGGAACCUGUCCAUCGGCACCACCAGCCUGGUGAACAACUCCAGUGCAGCCAGCCCAGCGGCAGCGUUGAACACCAUGAACCGUACCAUGGACGAGAGGACCACUGCCAGCUUACUGGCUGAAGAUUUGGCGACGGCGGUGGAAAAAUUGGUGGUGUUGCCAACAACUCCGACCACGUCGACUGACGGCGACACCACGCACGAUUACGCUGAAAUAUACACGCCUAGCAGGGAGCGCACGCCGGCGUGGGCGGAGGGCGCUCCCCCCGCGCCCCCCGCGGCCCCCGCGCGGCCCCCCACGCCGCCGCUGCACAGGUUCCCCAGCUGGGAGGCCAAGAUCUACCAGGUGGCAGAUGACGGUCUCCAGCAAUCAGUUGAGGAGGAACUAAGCCCACCGGCGACGUGUCAACGACCCUUACCAGACUCGACCAGUUACCAAGACAUAUCUGUGCCUGUUUAUGCUACGGUGAAAGGGCGUGCUAGUCAAAUAAGGUCGAUGCCCUUCACCGGAGACUCGUCUGAUGACUCAUCAGACGGUGAAGACUCCAUGGGCAUCACCGUUCACAACACGCCUCACCAUAUACUUAGCGCGCACAUACCUCAAACAUCGAACCAGCCAAUCAACAUCAACUUGGCGUCCAAUCAGCCAAUCAACAACAUCAACCUGACGCACACACUCCCGCAGUCCAUGCAGCAGACCAAUCACGUGACAGGGAAUAAUACUAACGGCCAAUGUAGUUCUUCGGAUACAAGUCUCAGUGCAAGCAGCCCGUCUAAAAGUGUCAAGACAAGUUCUAGUCUGAGCCCGGCGAAGAGGUCCAGUAGCGGGUCGCCGAGCAAGCAAACGAAGACUAGGGACACGUCGUUCGAAUCCGGCAUGUCGGACGACUACGCGAUUCCGCCGGACGCCCUGUCGUGCGACACGAGCGCUUCGCCGUCGCUCGCGUCGUUGUGUCGCGCGCCGCCGCACGACUCGCCGCGGAAACACGACGCUCUGGAGAAGAGCGGCCACCUGGCCAAGCUGGGGGGGAAGCUGAAGACCUGGAGGAAGAGAUGGUUCGUACUCAAAAACGGGACUCUGUCCUACUGGAAGUCGCAGUCGGAUGUGAACCGCAAGCCCCAGGGGCAGAUAGGGCUCGGGGAGGCCUGCAAGAUCUCCAGGAACGAGGGCGCCGCCACCUUCGAGAUCUUCACGGGCAGCAGGACCUACUAUCUCACAGCCGACAGCAUUGCCACUAUGGAGGACUGGAUCAGAGUUUUACAGAACGUCCAAAGGCGGAACGCGACGAAACUCCUCCUGAGUAAAGAAGACAACAAGCCCACGAUCCAGGGAUGGCUGACCAAGGUCAAGAAUGGUCACGCCAAGAAAAGCUGGUGCGUGCUCAUCGGGAAGAUGUUCCUGUACUUCAAGUCGCCGGCGGAUCAGACGCCGUCGGGGCAGAUCAACAUGCGCGACGCCCGCGUGGAGGACGUGGAGCUGGGCUCCGACUCCGACUCCGAGGAGCGGGCCGACGCGCGCGCGCCGCUCACCGUGGCCAUCUACCCGCACCACCAGCUGCAGCAGACGCCCACGUACCUGCUGCUGGACAGCAAGGCGGACAAGGACGCGUGGCUGUACCAGCUCACCGUGGUGAGCGGCGCCGCGCCCGGCCGCGGCACGCACUUCGAGCAGCUCGUGCACAAGCUCAUGGAGGCCGGCGGCGACCCCGAUUGCGUGUUAUGGCGACAUCCAACAUUGUUAUACUCCAAAGAAAACAUCACAUCGCCGCUCACUUCGCUCAGCUCAGAAGCUUUGCAAGCGGAAGCUUUGAAGCUGUUUAAGUGCGUGCAGCUGUUCAUGUCGGUGGCGGUGGAGCAGGCGGGCAUCGACUACCACGUGGUGCUGGCGCAGAACGCGCUGCAGCAGUGCCUGGAGGCGCGCGCGCUGCAGGCCGAGCUGCUGGCCGCCGCGUGCCGCCAGACGGCGCCGCACGCGGGCAAGCCGGGCGUGCAGGUAACGCCGCACGCGCACGCCGCUAGGCUUGCUAAGGCCGCCAAGCUUAAGAAUCAACUGCUGCUAUGCGCGACUCAGUCGCUGUUCACGUGCGACACUGGCGCCGCCUCGGUCGCCGGCGACAACAAGAGCGGCGAUAUGCAGCAGAACUCUGCGGGGUCGCCCAGUUCUAUACAGGCGCCCCUCCUCUCGGUGGACUGCAAGAGCAACCCGCCCACGUACAGCUUUGUCCAGGGCUGGCAGCUGUUGGCCCUGGCCGUCAGUCUGUUCGUGCCCAAGAACAACAGGCUGCUGUGGUAUUUGAAGCUACAUAUUAGCAGGCAUUCGGAUACUAAAACGGAAUGCGGCAAAUACGCGGCGUACUGCGCACGCGCACUGGAGCGCACCAUACGUAACGGAGGGCGAGAGGACAAACCUUCUAGGAUGGAAGUUCUCUCUAUACUGCUGAAGAACCCCUAUCAUCACUGCUUGCCACACGCGAUACCUGUGCAUAUGCUCAACAAUACUUAUCAGGUGGUAAGUUUCGACGGUUCGACGACGGUGGAAGAGUUCUUAUCAACUUUAAGCACAGAGCUCGGCUGCCGAGACACCGCCACUUCGGGCUUUGCUCUGUUCAGCGACGAUCCCAUUGAGAAGGACUUGGAGCAUCACAUUAAACCUGAUAAAAAGUUAUGCGACGUGAUAUCGAAAUGGGAGACGGCGUUGCGCGAGAAAGGCUCGGGAAAGUUCGAGAAUUCUCGCGUAAUCCGACUGACUUACCGCAAUAGAUUGUACUUUAAGAAUUCAGUGAGAACCGAGACUGAUAAGGAGAGGCUACUGCUGUGUUAUCAGAUCAAUCAGCAAGUGGUGGCGGGCCGCUUCCCCGUGAGCCGCUCGCUGGGCGCGGAGCUGGGCGCGCUGAUGGCGCAGCUGGAGCUGGGCGACCAGCCGCCCGCCGCGCACGCGCAGCCGCUCGCGCACCGCUUCUACCCCUACCGCUACCGCGCCGGCCUCACUACCGACCAGCUCAGGGACAUUGAAGAAACAUUGCGGUCGAAAUGGGCCGCGUUGAAAGGGCGAAGUACGGCGGAUUGCGUCAGAAUAUACCUCAACUGUACGAGGAAGUGGCCGUUCUUCGGUGCUACGCUGUUCCAAGCGAGGAUAAAGCAGCCGGACCUGUCCAUGGUGUGGCUGGCGGUGAGCGAGGAGGGCGUGGCGGUGCUGGAGCUGGCGUCCAUGGCGGUGCUGCGCCGCUACGCGCUCAGCUCCAUCGGGCUGUUCGGGGGGCUGCAGGAUGAUCUAAUGAUGUUGAUUGACGGAGAUGACGCCGCUAGUCCUGUGCACAAGAUGCUGAUCAGUCUCAAUAAGCCUAAAAUGGCAGAGCUGACCCACCUAAUAGCGGACUACAAGAACGCGGUGCUGGGGGCGGCGGGCGGCGCGCGCAGCCCCCCGCCGCGCCGCGCCUCCCCCCGCCGCCGCAGCCCCGCGCCCCACGCCUCGCCCGCCACGCUGCCCCACGCCCACUCCCACUCCCACUCCCACUCCCACCACCACACCGGCCACAACACGCUCAACUCGCACACCACCACCAUGACCUUGGGCUCGGAUAGAAACGCCACUCUGACGCUCAGCUCCCACACGUCCAGCUUCAACCCGGAUAGAGUACUAUCCCAUGGACAGCCGGACAUCCUGAAAUCCACACCGGAUCAUCACAGAGCUGAUAAGAAGAGGACUCACACGCAAGACAGUGGCGUUGCGUGAUUGUGAAACGCGUAUCGAUAAUAGUGUAGCGAAGUGAUUGUUGUCGAUAAUAAUGUACGAGUACUAUCGAUAGUGUUCCACCCGAGACUUUUCGAUUGUAUACCUCAUGUUUUGUAACGUCGGUUCGGCAUCAAACUCCAUUGCAAAUACAACGACGUGUUUAAAAAGAAACUCGUUGCAAACGAUAAAUUCCCAUACGUUCACUU